UUUCAGAGAAAAGCAGACGAAAAUAAUCAGACCAACAAAAUCAGACUUUGGCCGUGCUCUGGCCCUCGCCGGACAAUAUUUUCGUACAUUCCAGAGUGACACUUGAUGCGAAAAAGUGGAGGCGCAAAAUGCGGCGGCAGGCGUUCGAGUGUUCGAAGGCGCUGAUCGUGUCCAAGUUGUCUCGCUACGAGUUCGAGCGGUUUCGGCAGCCAAGCCUGUCGGCGGCGCAGCUCGAGAAGGAGUUGCGGCGCCGCGGCUCCGACUACGAGUUGCUGCUGCACCACCACCACGUCCACAAGUCGUGCGAGGCGGCCGUCGACGCCGCCCUAAAGGCCCGCAACGUCCAGACCCGCGUCGUCAACAGACUGACGCUGAAGGAGGGGAGCGUGGAGUGGGCGGACGGGGUGUUCACGGCGGGUGGCGACGGGACGUUCCUGCUGGCGGCGAGCAGGGUGCCGGACAACCGGACGCCGGUCAUUGGCUUCAACUCGGACCCGACGCGCUCCGAGGGCUUCCUCUGCCUGCCCAGCCACUUUUCGCGCAACAUCUCCGAGGCCGUCGAGCGCCUCUUCGCCGGACACUUCCACUGGACCUUCCGGACGCGCGUCCGCAUCACCCUCGUCGGCUCGGACGUCUUCCAGCCCCCCAUCGAACUCCACGACCAGCAGCUCCUUCACCCUGAGUUCAGAUUCUUUGACUGUCUGCAGGAGCAGCUGCCGAGCGCCAAGUCUGACAAGCGGAGCGACGAGCAGAAGCGCGUUCUGCCCGUUUUGGCACUUAAUGAGGUGUUCAUGGGCGAGCGGCUGUCGGCGCGCGUUUCGUACCACGAGGUGCGGCUGAACGGGGGCGCCAGGGUCAAGGUCAAGAGCUCGGGUGUUUGUGUUUCCACAGGCACGGGCUCAACCUCGUGGGCGCACUCAAUCGGCCGCCUCUCCUCUGACGGCGCCCACGAACUCCUGCGCGCCCUCCUUGCCGAGCGACCCGACCUUGACCUCGACCUCGACGACCAGAACCUCCUCCAAAACGUCACCAACAGAUACAACAACGCUCUUGUCUUCGGACCAGAGGAGAGUCGUCUGACGUAUGUGAUCCGGGACAUGAUCAGCGGGGGUGUGUGGCCGUCGCCGCGGGGGGUGAUUUCGCCGAGGGGGUUCGCGCACCACCUCGAGGUCAAGUCGCGGUGCGGCGACGCGGCCCUGGUCGUCGACGGCGGCGUCUCCUUUGACUUCAACGACGGCACCGUCGCCCUCCUCGAACUCCACCCCGACGACGCCCUCCGCACCGUCACCCUCGCCCCGCCCUGACCAAAGGCAAACGCGGAACUAACGGUCCAAAAUUAAUUGAAAACAGAAUUGUUUUCCCCUUUUUUCAUAAGCAUAUUUGAUGAAAAUUUUAAGAAAUUUUGUAUCCGUCUUCAAAGUUGGCAACAAUUCAAUCUAUUUUGGCGAAGAUUUUUAAUUUUCCUUAACAAAAUUAUGUAAGUCCAGUUCAAAAAUCAUUGUAAUGAUAAUGAUCAUUGGCAGCUUGUUUUUCUUUUUUGUAAUAAUAACCGAUCUGAAAAGUCUAUGUUAACACAAAAGGUUGCUUCGAAAUUUGUGACAUUCGUGGUGCCAUAACAUAUAAUGUAAAGAAGGAUCAGGCAGAGUUUAGUGAAAGAGAAUGGGUGAAUGAAGAAGUGAAGAAGAAAUUUGUAGCUCCGGUGAUACAAUAUUUUGUACCAAAUCCAAAAGUUUAAUUAUGCGUGUACAUAUAUAUAUUUGUUGUUGGCGUCCCGCGAGGGACAUUAAAAAUUUUACCCCAAUCUCAA